UAAAUUACCUUACUAUUCUUUUGGAUUUUCUACAUAUAAAUAUGUCAUCUAGAAAUAAUGAUGGGUUUGUUUCUUUCCAAUCCUUAUACUUUUGUUUUAUUUUUCCCUCUCUUUUUGCACAGGCUAGUACCUCCAGUGCAGUGUUGAACAGAAGAGAUGAUGGAGACAUCUUUGUCUCAUUUCCAAUCUUGGGGGCAGCACGGGCCUUUCCCUUCCUGGCUCUGUGGGGCUCGGCUAAGUCACCACAUAGGAGAGCAGUGAGCCAUUUGAGACCUGAGCCUGGUCCUCAGGAAUUCACUCUCUCCCUGCCAGCAGGAGGCCUGCCCCAGCCCUGCUCAGCCAUCUCCACAUUCCUCUGACAGAAUGAAUGCCCUGGAUGGUGUCCCCUUCAAGGUGCCCAAGGGCUUUGUGAUAGGCACGGAGCCCCUCCCUGGGCCAGAGCUCAGUGUCCCAGACUGCAGGGAGCUUCUGCUGGGUUCUAUGCACGACUUCAGCCUGGAGAGGAGGGUACUCUUCUGGGUGGAGGUUGUAGUCCGGGAACCCUGCCUGGUCCAAUGCGAUGCCCCGGGGGCAGCUUCAGCUCCUCCCGCCUGGCUCUUGCUGGUCAGCCCUGAGCAAGGGCUGGAGCCCAUGCCUGCCGCAGCCGAAGGUCCUGAGGCCAGACCGCAGGAGCAUCCUGAGGAGGAAGAGGUGGAGGAGGAGGACCAGGAUGAGGAGGAAGCCUCCUCUGCCAUGGAGGAAGAGCCGGAUCCCUGCAGCCGCCAGCCCAGCUCCUCGGCGAGCCCCAGCCUGGGCCAACACCGGUGCUCGCUGGACGUGCUGCGCGGCGUGAGGUCGGAGCUGGCCGGGGCGCGGCAGCGGCUCUCUGAGUGCAGGCUGGUCGCCCGCCCCCGCAGUCUCCUGCACCGCAUCCGCCACCGAGCUCUGAGCCUCUGCCCCGGCCCCGCGUCACCCCUGGGCCCGGCACUCCAGCUCCCCAGCGCCCCCGCGCCGCCCCCGGGCCCCGAGCCAUCGCUCCCCAGCACCCCGGCGCUGCCCUCUCGGCCCUCCACGGCUGGCGCCGUGCCCCCGCUGCGGAGCCACAGGCCCGCGGUUGCGUCCCUCAGCCUGUAUACCUGCCUGCCACCUCCUGGGCAGGUGCCCCAGCCUCUCGCCACCCACAGAUUGCACCCUGAUUCUGCUGACUUGCUGUCCGCCCUGAGCCAGGAGGAGCAAGACCUCAUCAGGCCAGUGGUCGCCCUGGGGUAUCCCUUGCACAGGGCCAUCAUGGCUCUACAGAAGACUGGGCGGCAGAGCCUCAGCCAGUUUCUCAGCUACCUUAGCGCCUGUGACCGGCUAUUGCGACAGGGCUACGAGGAGGGCCUGGUGGAUGAGGCCAUGGAGAUGUUCCAGUUCUCCGAGAGCCAGGCAGGGGAGUUCCUGCGCCUCUCGGAGCAGUUCAGCGACAUGGGCUUCCAGCAGGACCGGAUCAAGGAGGUGCUGCUGGUCCACGGCAACCGCCGUGAGCAAGCCCUGGAGGAGCUGGUAGCCUGCGCCCAGUGACGCUGGGCGCAUCUCGCGGUGCCCACGCAUCCCUGGCAGUCCAUCCUGACUCUAUUAUGAAAACCACAUAAGAAUAACAAAUUGAGGCAUACUCAUUGUAAAAAUGCAAAUGAUGCCAAGGGUGGGAAUAAAUACUGUAAAGGUGGCAAAACUUUACCCAUCUUAGGACUUCAACUGGGGCUCUUUAACAAAAUGAUAGAUUAACAAGAGAAAAAUAAAAGUUUAUUAAUGCAUGCGGCACACAUCAUGCCUGAGAAACUUCAAUGAAAAGUAACUCAAAAUAGCAGUUUAGAACUCUGGCUUAUAUAGCAUCUUCAACAAAGAACAAUACAUUUGUAGAGAAAUGACAGGACAAAGGAAAAAACAGUUUUAGGCUUCCAAGGAUGGCAAACUGUGGGAAGGUAAAUAUAUGGGAGGGAACUAAUGGAGUAAGGUUUGUUUGUAGGUUCCCCUGGUACACUUCUGGGCUGACAAGAAUCUGUCUCCAGAAAAGGAGAAUUUAUAUCCUGCCUUUAAGCAGAAAAGAGGGGAAGGGUAGAGAGAGCUUUUCCUGCAUUUGCUGCUUCUUAAUUGCCUUCAGCUCAAAAUAAUUAUGUCGAAGAGGCAUAUUUUGGGGUGACAGUCUGGUUUCCUUCAAUACCAAAAGAAUCAGCUAAAAGAGUUGAAAGUGGUUCCUUGUGGGGAGGGGCAGAUGGAGUUGCAUAGGCGAGGAACUAUGUGUUUUCGUAUAAGCUGUGUAAAAUGACCUAUAUUUGAUUCUUUAAACUAUGGGCAUUAGUAACUUUGAGUUUAAGAAAAUUAAAACAAA